AUCUUUCUUCCCCAGGUUCCACUCAAUACGACUUCACAUCGAUUUGUUCUACAAGUCCGCUCUGAUUCUAUCAACAAACUAGCGAGGAUGUCAGAGUCGGCCGCCACCUGGAAACAUACUCUUACGCAAUGGAUGGAUGCUCAGAAUUCCCAAACUGAGUACUUCUUUGUUACCCACGAGUCAACUGAGGGAAGUGCCAGGUACUGGCUCUUUUAUAUCGAACGCCAGACCUGGGACAAUGAUGCACGCGCAUGGGGUCCACGUCGAAAAUGUUUGGUGGUAUCCAUCAGACCUCAAGCUUCUACUAUGGACUGGCUCGAUUUCUCAGAGCGCGCUGCACAAGAUGCUUCCAACAUCGCUCGCAACACUCCAAACGUAUCGUACUUGGUCGGAGAUGUAGCCCACUUCCACGGUUAUAAAGUGGUUAUCGAGCAGCGCCAGCUCGCAUUCGAAAAACUCACUGGUUAUCAGAACAUUCCUUCUGGCGCAAAUUUGGGCCAGUACCUGAAGGCUUUGGCACACCACAAUGAUGAGUACAUGAAAACCUGUGGAGACUAAAAAUGCGGCUUCUGCGGAGGGCAACUGGACAUUCUCACACACCUGUUGCCAGCCCGACUUACUCUACCCUUGUCUACUCCAAGUCACACAUGUAUAUAUAGCUCCCCUCCUUUAUAGCUAUUAAAUCAACUCGGCCCUU